CAGUUUAGUUAUUUUUGAGACGUGACUGUAACAAUAUCUCGAUAUUCCGCGACCGUUAAGUGAUCGAUGCGAAUCGUUUAAUGACGCAGUUCAUAAAAGCCAUGUGGUAGCGCCAGUUUAAAAUUAUAUAGUAAACGUGCAGUCCUCUGCAGUUCUACAAAAUACUACUCGAGUUUUUAGGAGAACAAAAUGUAUCAAACGAAACUUUUCACGACACUGCUGCUUUUGAACGUAGCUGGCAGCAUAGGUACGCAAAGAACCGUUUACAGGGCAGGCGACGAGCUAGUGGAAAUAACUCGAACGAAAAUUUCGAACCAAUACUCUCCAUAUUAUUCAUAUUACGCAUACAAUAGCGCUCCCCAGUAUGUUUCAGCCCAAGGAUGCGCCAGGGGUCCAUGUGGCGUUGGAGCAAUGUGCCAAGAAACCUCCGGGGGUCGACCCGUUUGCUCCUGUCCGGCCGGCUAUAGUGGAAACCCGUUGACUCAGUGUAUAAGGGCCGAGUGUUUGGAUCACAGUGAAUGCAUUCGCAGUGAUCAAGCAUGUCGCGAUGGAAAGUGCAUAAAUCCAUGCAAUGGAGUAUGCGGAAUCAACGCAAACUGUGAGGUGCGAAAUCAUGUCCCAGUAUGCAGCUGUCCUCGGGGGAUGUCCGGAGAUCCUUUCGUGAGUUGUCGUGUUAAUGAUCCAGAGCAGCUUUGUCGACCUAGUCCGUGUGGUUCCAACACAAAAUGCGAAGUUCUGAACAAUGUUCCAACGUGCUCCUGCCUUCCUGGUUACAUUGGAUCCCCACUAUCCGGAUGUCGCCAUGAAUGUGAGAGCGAUGUCGAAUGUGGAAACCAAGAGUUUUGUUCCCAGUUUAAAUGCACAAAUGCUUGCUCUCAGUGUGGUAAAGGAGCCUCGUGUGCACGUGUUACCAAUCAUCGUGCAGUGUGCGAGUGUCCAAAAGGGUACAUUGGAAGUCCGUAUACCGAGUGCCGUGCCGAAUGCUACGGAGAUCGUGAUUGUUCCCCGGCAAGGCCGGCGUGUAUUUAUGGCGUGUGCAAAAAUCCGUGCGACGGUUCUUGUGGCGUUAAUGCGGACUGCAACUUGCGCGGACUAACUCCGGUUUGCAGCUGCCCACGUGACAUGACGGGGGAUCCGUUCGUAAGCUGCCGACCAUUCACCAAGGAAGAUCUCUGCAAUCCAAACCCGUGCGGAACGAACGCUGUGUGCACACCCGGCUACGACAGAACCAAUCGUGAGAGACCCGUUUGCACAUGCCCUGCGGGGUACACGGGAAACGCGCUUUCCAACUGUGUCAGGGGAGAGUGCCAAAGCGAUAACGAGUGUGCAGAUCAUAAAGCUUGCAUUAAUUAUCAGUGCGUUGAUCCCUGCAGCGGACAGUGUGGAACUGGUGCCCAAUGCCAAGCAAAAAGGCACUUGGCAGUUUGUACAUGUCCGGCUGGAACGCAAGGAGACGCAUUGGUUUCCUGUCGAGCUACGCAAACCUAUCCGGUAGCGCGCUAUCAUUAGAGAGUCUACCGUAAUGAUCCAAUAAUACAUAUAAAACAAACAAAAUUAGUAGUACCUACCGAUAUUUUUUUCACAGCCGAUCUACGCAUAUUUGUCGCAUGAAAUAUAACAUUUUUUGGUCCUUUGCUGUCUUUCUCAAA